AUAAAACGGAGUAACUUUUUUUUCGAGAAAAAACGGAGUGACUUAUUAGCGUAUGAUUAAUUAAGCAUUAGUUAUCUUUUUUAAAAAAUGAUUGAUAUGAUUUUUAAAACAACUUUCGUGUAGAUUGUCUUUUUUUUUUUUUGCAAAAACACAUUGUUUUAUUAGUUUGAAAAAUGUACACGUGGAAAACGAGGGUGACAAGUUGAAAACUUCAACAGAAAAGAACUCAGCCUAGCAGAAAAAUCGAAAGCUAUGAAAGAAAUUUGUCGAACGUUUUUCAAUAAUUCCUUUUUUUUUCCUUUUGAGAGAAUCGCAAGUCCGGCCUGGCCUCUUCGAUCAUAGUAAAAGAAAAAGAAAAAGGAAUGGCCGGUCAAAAGUAAAAGCAGGAGGAUUGGUCUUGGGUGGGUGGUUGCCACUUGGACACGUAGCCGGCGCCCCACAGGCCACAGGUGGAGUACCUACUCAGCAGCAGAGGCAGAGCACCACUAGAGUGAGAUGCAAACGCAAAUUUCGCCAUGGCCACCACCACCACCACCACCACCACCAUGGGCGGCCUCCACCGGCUAAUAAGCAGGAGCAGCUGCAGCCGGAGAACCUUCGCCGCCUCCACGCCGCCGCAGCGACCCAGAGCGAUAGCCGUCCGAGUCCGAAGCAGCAGCGCCGGUGUAACGAAGAGCCAGAGGCAGAGGCAGAGGCAGGUGAAGCUGACAUACCUGGAGAUCAACAGCUGGGUGUGGGAGGUCGGCGGCGCGCGCAUCCUGGUCGACCCCAUCCUCGCCGGCAACCUCGACUUCGGCGCGCCAUGGCUCUUCGACGCCGCCAAGAAGCGCCUCAAGAACCUGGGCGUCCAAGAUGUGCUGCAGCCUCCGGGGGUCGACCUGCUCCUCAUCACGCAGAGCCUCGACGACCACUGCCACGCGCGCACCCUGGCCCAGCUCGCCGCCGCCGCCCCCGACCUUCCCGUCGUCACCACCCCCAACGCGCGCCCCGUCCUGGCCGCGCUGCCCACCCCAUUCCGCGACGUCACCUACCUGGAGCCCGGGCAAUCCACCAACUGCAACGGCGGCGGCGUCCGCAUACUGGCCACCCCUGGGCCCGUGCUGGGGCCCCCAUGGCAGCGGCCGGAGAACGGCUACAUCAUGUUCCUCCUCCAGGAAGAAGAGGAAGACGCCAAGGGGCUUGUGUACUACGAGCCGCACUGCGUGUACGACCGGUCCUUCCUGGAGAAGGAGGCGCUGCGUGCCGACGUGGUAAUCACGCCCGUCGUGAAGCAGCUCCUCCCGGCCAACUUCACCCUCGUCGCCGGGCAGGAGGACGCCGUGGAGCUGGCCAGCCUGCUGCGGGCAAGGUACGUGGUCCCAAUGAGCAACGGCGACGUGGACGCCAAGGGCCUCCUCACCGCCGUCGUCGCCACCGAGGGUACGGUGGAGGCCUUCAAGGACAUGCUGGCCGACACGCUCCCGGAGGCUCAGCUGCUCCACCCAACGCCCGGCGUCCCACUCCACAUCCACCUCCCCCACCUUACUUGAUUCAUUCCAAUCCAUGCAUGCCCUCCCUCCAUUUAAUUUCCUACACAUAACAACAUGGACUAUAUAGGGCGACUGUAGCUGUAUAUCUCAAUAAAUUUUCAACUGAUGAUGAUUACUCCUUUUUUUUUCA